GUGACCGGGCGUGGGGCGUGUGUGCGCAUGCGCGAGUGCCGCGCCGGCUCGUUCUCCGCUUCUCUGUGGUGUGAGGGGAAGGGGGAGCGCGGGGCGCGGUAGCGAUGUGCUCGAGGGACAAGGGAGGCUCCCCAGCGCUCAGGACACCUGAGCACCAGCCCCGUGUGGAAGAUGAUGGUUUGGUGACACACCAGCGCGUCCUGUCCCUCAGGGCAGUGGAAACCGCGUGGGCUGUCAGUGUGUGUGCGUGAUCCAGCCUGCCCGGCAGACACGAGCCGGUUAUGAUGAGCUUGGUCAUAACUAUUAAUAUGCAUCAAGUCUACUGCUUCGUCGUGAAGGAAAGUGGAAGGGCAGGCACUCUCUGGCGACCAGUGACAGGACCCCGAGGGCAGGACAUGAAGCUGUGUCAGGAGAGGUUUAAGGUCCGAUAUUAAGAAAAAAAACAGGUUCUUCCCUCCAGAAGGUGGUUGGGAACUGGAAUAGUCUCUGCCCCGGCCUGACGGAGCUCAAGAAGCAUUUGGACAAUGCUUUUCAGGCACAGGGUGUGACUCUUGCGAUUGUCCUGUGCAGGGCCAGAAGUCAGACUCGGUGAUCCUUGGAACAACAGAAAUGGCCAACCAAGAAGAAGCAGAGAUACAAAUUUCAGAGCUAGAUUUACUGUCUAGCAUGUUUCCUUAUGAGGAAGAGUUUGCUGUGACAGACCAACUGGCUCUAGCUGAACUGAAACACUAUGUAGAAAAUGAGUCUGCAGAGGUGCCAUCUUCAAAAGUUCAGUUUAUACUGAAUGUAAAAACAGAGGUGCCUAAUGCUUCUAUGGUGGAAUUCUCUAUGGCCUGUGCUUUGCCACUUAAAUAUCCGACUGUUCUCCCAGAAAUUGCUGUGAGGUCAUCAUUAUUAAGCCGCUCUCAGCAGAUUCUCCUGAACUCUGAUCUAAAGACAUAUUUGAUGCAAAACUUCAGUGGCGAGCCCUGCAUGCUGAGUGCGAGGGAGUGGGUUAAAGACCACGCAGCUGCUUACAUUGACAAAUACCUUUUGUCCUCCUCAAUGACAGCCUCAGAUGCCACGCAGUCAGAAGGCACCACGUUCACUCGAUUGUGGAUCUACAGUCAUCACAUUUACAACAAGCAAAAAAGAAAGAAUAUUAUUGACUGGGCCAAGGAGCUCUCUCUGUCAGGGUUUUGCAUGCCAGGGAAACCAGGUGUUGUUUGUGUAGAAGGGUUACAAAGUAGUUGUGAAGAAUUCUGGUCAAGGGUAAGAAGAUUAACAUGGAAAAGAAUUCUUAUUCGGCACAGAGAAGAUGUUUCUUUGGAAGGCGGAGGACAUGCUGACAUCCAGAAGCAGCGAAAGUUCUCCACUUUGGAAGAAAAAUGUUUUGAUGCACAUGGUGCCAGGGGAAAUCAUAUGGACUUGGGGCAACUGUAUCAUUUUUUAGAAGAAAAAGGAUGUGCUGACAUAUUUCAAAUGUACUUUGGGGUUGAAGGGCAUUGAAAAGGUUGAAGAUCAGCACAGGUCUCAGCACCUACAUUACUAAUUUAAUCCUCGUAACAGAUUCCUUAGCUUUUCUUGAACAGUUGAUCAGAUUUAGGUGAUAAAUCCAGUUUUCAGUGAAAACAAUUAUCCAGUGAAAUCCUGAGUAAUGAAGAUGACUGUAUGAAUGUUUUAUGCACCUUCUGGUGUUAAGGAGAUUUAGGGUACAUACCUACUUAAAAGGAAAGAAAAUGUGUUUGAUAACCUACUGUACAGUUGCAGAACUGUAGAUGGAUGAACAGAUGGAAUGUGGUGAAUGAAUAUACAAAGAAGACAUAGGCAGUGUGGGUGUCUCGGGAUUGAGAACAUGAUGUUUACAUUAAUUGUUAUUGUUUAUGUACACUACAUGAUAUCUCUUUGUUUUAAGCAAUCUUCUACUUUCUACCUGAAAGUUUAGUAAGCCAUGAGAUCAAUAUUUUGAUCAUAAGUACUUUCUGUAGGUAAAAGUGUGUGUGCAGGUAAGAUAGAUACCAUGGUGGCUCCACUACAUCUGUUAUUUUGGUUUCUGUAGAAGCAGCAGUUUACCAAGGAUUGGUAAGAUUAAUAUAAGCAGAUUACCAAGGGCUCCCUUAUAGCACGCUCCAAAACUCUGAAACGAUCCUAAGCCUUCUGAGUUUGCAAGUUUUCAGACCUGUAAUAGGAAGUGCGUUAUGUUGUGGUUUUGACUGGGAUUUCAACAAGCUUGUAUCAAAGAAUGCUGAUUUUGUGGAUACUGUAGCUAAAUUCCGUAGUAGAAAAAGCAGACAUUGGU